AUGUCUGCUUACCCGUCGCCCUCCGCCUCCGCAUGGCCCAAGCUCGGCCUCUCCUCUGGCCUUACUGAGUUCAACACCGCACUGAGCCCAGGAUUAACUACAGUGGCUGCCCUCCUGCUUGCAUGCCUCUGGCUCCUACCACUCUUCACCAAAAUUGAUGUUUACGGCCGCCGCCCAAGGGAUAAGGACGGAAACCCCAUCCCAGACGGUCCUGUAGGCCUCCCGCUAGUCGGCUCGUUCCCUUUCUUGACACACUAUCCUGAGCUGACCCUCGAUUACUGGCGCAAGAAGUUCGGCCCCCUCUACUCAAUGUGGCUCGGGAACCAACUCUUUGUUGUUGUCUCCGACCCUGGCAUCGGCAAGGAUCUCAUGGUCACGAACGGAUCCGUAUUCUCGUCUCGGAAGGAGAUGUUCAUCAAGAGCCAGCUCGUCUUUGUUGGUCGGGGGAUCACCGCCACGCCAUACAACGACCGCCGGUGA